AGUGCCCUGAUGAUCAGUGUAGCCCCAUCAGUGCCACCUGUCAGUGUCCAUCAAUGCCAACUGUCAGUGCACAUCAAUGCCACAUAUCAGUGCUUACCAGUGCACAUCAAUGCCACAUAUCAGUGCCCAUCUGAGCUGCCUUUCAGUGCCAACUAUCACUGCCAGUCAGUGUCGCCUGAGUGCUGCCAAUCAGUGCCACCUAUCAGUGCCAUGCCCAUCAGUGCCACCAAUCAGUGCCCAUCAGCGCAGCCUAUCAGUGCCCAUCACAGAAGCCUCAUUAGUGCACAUCUGUGAAGGAGAAAAAUCACUUAUUUACAAAAUUUU